ACCAUUAAUGACCCCUAGAAUUAGGGAAGAUAACCGAGACACGAGGCCCUGGCGGCCCCACGGUUCAUGGAAUGAGCCCCCAUUCUCCCACCUAGAGGACCCCAUAUUCAGUCCAACUAUUUGGUUGUUGGAUUCCAUGGCUCUCACACUCCCAGACUAAGCCCUCCUGGUAAAGAUCACCUAAAAGUUUCCCUUAGCCCCUCCUUCAAGGGUGGUGUAUAUUUCAAAAGCCUGAGCUUUCCCCUUGUUAGUGAGCUAGAUGGGGUACCCAUUCUGGGGAUCUGGCUCUCUGGGGCCAUCUAUCUCUGAAGACUGCCGUGCUUGCAGUCAGUGAGAUGCUAGCCACUCCAGGCCGGAAGCUGAGUGGCUGCUGCCCGCAUCUACCCAUCCACCGAGUCACCAAUUUUUCAAUCUUUCUUUUUUUAACCCACAGAAAUUUGAUACUUUCCCUUAUGGACAGAGUGUCCCUGAUUAUUAAGAUGGCAUUCUCUUCUUGAUUGGAGACUGGAUGCUCCUGAGUUUGCAAGACUACCCAACAAACACCACGUGCCUGUUGCUCUUUGAUGGGAUUAGUAUCUAAUGUUUGUAUAAGACAGAAGAAAAGGAUGUCAUUCCGUAAAGUGAGCAUCAUCAUCUGGGUCCUGGCUGUUGUUCUCUUCUUACUGGUUUUGCACCAUAACUUCCUCAGCUUGAGUAGUUUGCUAAGGAAUGACGUAACAGAUUCAGGAAUCCUGGGGCUUCAGCCCAUAGACUUUGCCACAGAUGUUCAUCAACAUCCAGUAAAUGGGAGACAAGAAGAGAUUCCCGUGGUCAUUGCUGCCUCUGAAGACAGGCUGGGUGGGACAAUUGCGGCCAUAAAUAGUGUUCAUCGGAACACUCGCUCCAAUGUCAUUUUUUACAUUGUUACCCUCAACAGUACAGCAGACCAUCUCCGGUCCUGGCUUAACAGUGUUUCCCUGAAAAGCAUCAGGUACAAAAUUGUAAAUUUUGACACUAAACUUUUGGAAGGGAAAGUAAAGGAGGAUCCUGACCAGGGGGAGUCCAUGAAACCAUUAACCUUUGCAAGAUUCUACUUGCCAAUUCUGGUGCCCAGUGUAAAGAAGGCCAUAUACAUGGAUGAUGAUGUAAUUGUACAAGGUGACAUUCUUGCCUUGUAUAAUACACCACUGAAGCCAGGACAUGCUGCUGCAUUUUCAGAAGAUUGUGAUUCAGCCUCUACUAAAGUCAUUAUCCGUGGAGCAGGGAACCAAUACAAUUAUAUUGGCUAUCUUGACUAUAAAAAGGAAAGAAUUCGUAAGCUUUCCAUGAAAGCCAGCACCUGUUCCUUUAACCCUGGAGUUUUUGUUGCAAACUUGACUGAAUGGAAGAGACAGAAUGUAACUAACCAGCUGGAGAAAUGGAUGAAACUUAAUGUAGAAGAGGGACUGUACAGUAGAACUCUGGCUGGCAGCAUCACCACACCUCCUCUGCUUAUCGUAUUUUAUCAACAACAUUCCACCAUUGACCCUAUGUGGAACGUCAGACACCUUGGUUCCAGUGCUGGAAAACGGUAUUCACCCCAGUUUGUAAAGGCUGCCAAGUUACUUCACUGGAAUGGCCACUUCAAGCCUUGGGGAAGAGCUGCUUCAUAUGCUGAUGUUUGGGAAAAAUGGUAUGUUCCAGACCCAACAGGCAAAUUCAGCUUAAUCCGAAGACAUAUGGAUGCCUCAAACAUAAAGUGAACUAGAAUUUAAGCUUAAAUACACCACUCAGGAAAUCCUGGAAGACACAUGUGGGAAGUUAACAGUGUCAGGCUUGAGUCUCUCUGUAGUAACCCACAGAAAAGGGGUUUUUCAGCUGGGCAGAGAUGACAAAUUGCUUCCGUGGCAGUCAGCUUCCCAGAUGACUACAAAUGUCUCCAUCUGCCUUACCAAAUGUUUGCUUACUACAUUGUUGACUGACCUGAAGGACAGACUGAUAAAACCAGCACUAGUUCAUCUAUCUGUUGCAGUUAGGAACUGCAGCUUGGUUUUAAUUUUGUAACCUGUGACUCAGUUUGUAAAUAAAAUGUUUUCCAAUAAAUCUCUUUGCUUCCAGAGAAUAGCUUCUCUUCCAUAUAUUGAAUGUAAAUACUGCUGCUCUUCUAGAGUUCAGCUCUACCACAUCAGGUCAUAAUGGGAUUAUUCUAGUCCGAGAUCCAAUGUAGUCCUCUAGAGCCUCCAUCCCACUGCAUAUAGGCCACCCCUCUCUGCCUCCACAAACCUUUUGGAUACAGUUUCCCUGUGUAGACCAGGCUAGC